ACAAUGAGUGAAGAGGCAUUCAAUAUGGCGGCAUCAUCAGUAGACAAGUAAUCGUGAUGAAAAUAUUCAAACCCUUUGUUUCUAUGAACGGGCAUCAAAACCCGCCGGUUAUCGUCCUGCAAAAGUGCCACCACUAUAUUGUCUCAUCGGCCUCUGUCCAAGCCCUUUUCACCGCUCUCUCUCAUCACACCUACUCUGCCAUUACCAUGCUGUACUAAAUAUCUAAGCUCUCUCUCUGCUGGUCCACUAACCAUAUACUGGAGCUGGUUAUAUUAUGUCAGGACGCAGGAAAAGACUUGGCCAUAAGCCAGAAUCAGAGGUCUCGAUGGAUGUGGAAAGCAUUCCACAGAGAAGAGGAAGAGGCCGGCCGAAACGUGAAACAUUCAAUGUCAAUGAAAGACGGAAAGGCCUCAGAGUGGAGGGUGGAAGUGAAGAGGAGCCGACAGAUCUUGCAAUAACUAUGGAUACAACUCUCAGUAACUUGGAGGUGGAACCCUCCUCCAACAAACUAAACUUGGACAAUGAAUCACCAGAGGAGGAGGAGGAGGAGGAACCAGAGGACGAUGACCCCGGGGAUAUGUCCCAUAUGAUCGACCAUUCAGAAUCACAAUUAGUGGAAAGAACUUGUAGCGACCAGUCGCUGGUCAAGUCUUUGGAUUCUUACAGUGCUGCAACGGACAGUGGGGUAACGUCCCCUGAGCUGAGUCAUAGAGGGGUCAGCCCCGGGCAUACAGGGGGUUAUGGGGGUAGUCUGAUGGAUGAGAACCAGUAUGACGAUGAUGUGAUGGAUUGUAAUAAUGGUAGCAGUGAUCCGAGCUGUUCCCUCUGCUGUUGUGGUGAGCGUAGCUUGCUAGGGCAGGGGGAUCUACUGCGGUUCGACUCCACUCCGGGAUUCAACCCCUUCAGGAAACCCUUGCCCAGGUCCAGACGGAACUAUGAAGAGGAUGCUCCUUAUAAUCCUAACGAGAGCAGGAGCCAAAAGCAUCUCACAUGGAGACGAGCUCGGGGACCUCCUAAGGCACAUAAGCAUGGACUGGGGGAUAGAAGUAAAUCACCUCGUAGGAGUAAUCCUGAUUCUAUCAAGGAUCCAUCAUUAGACGGCUUGGAUGAAUUGAGUCAUGUAGGCCAUGCUGAUGAACCAGAUCUCCAAACUCUCUUUGAAUUGGCAGGUCACACAACAGCACAUCACUGCUGUGCUGCCUGGUCAGAUGGUGUGUGCCAAAACGAGAACUUUCAACUCCUCAACGUAGAUAAGGCUGUAUUCUCAGGGAUCACUCAGCGCUGCAGUUACUGUCACAGGUUUGGAGCCACCAUUUUCUGUGUGGAGCAAGGUUGUAACAGGGUCUAUCACUACCCAUGUGCUGCAAGCAGUGGUUCCUUUCAGGGUAUCAAGUCUCUUAUUCUGUUGUGUCCAGAACAUCUGGAUUUAGCAGAAGAGAGGGUUGAGAUGGAGGAGUUAGAAUGUGCCAUCUGUGACCUGCCUGGCAAUCUCUCAGAGUCAUUAUUCUGCACUAGUUGUGGACAACACUACCAUGGCUCUUGCCUUGAUCCACCUGUCUCCAUUGACCCUGUUGUCAGGGCAGGCUGGCAGUGCCCAAACUGUAAGAUCUGCCAAACUUGCAGGCAACCUGGGGAUGAUAACAAGAUGCUUGUGUGUGAUACAUGUGAUAAGGGCUAUCACACGUUCUGCCUGAAACCAGCCAUGAUUACCAUUCCAAAGAAUGGCUGGAAAUGCAAAACCUGUCGGGUAUGCACAGAUUGUGGUGCAAGGACGCCGGGAAACGGUCCCAGCUCAAGGUGGCAUCACAACUACACCGUCUGUGAUAGCUGCUAUCAACAACGCAACAAGGGCUACUGCUGUCCCAUCUGUGGCAAGGCAUACAGGCAUCAUACUACGCACAAAGUCAUGGUCCAAUGUCAUCUCUGCAAUAGGUAUGUUCAUGCUGACUGUGAUGACAGAACAGUAAUAAGCAAGUACCAGCAGAGCAAGGCAGCGGGCCAGCCCACACCCUACAAGUGUCCAGACUGUCGUCAUAGACCAAACAGAGGACUGGAACUGGAGAGGAGAAGAUCGGCAAGCCCCUUUGAAGAUGGGAGAAGAAGUCCCUUUGCAUCCAGCUCAAGAACACCUCCUCAUCUUCCUAUUCCAGAUGACACAUCGCAAGACCUGUCAUUGAGUGCAUCCAGUGUUCAGGAGGAUAGUCUGAGUCUGAGUAGUAUCGACACAGAUUACACCAUGGCAUCGGAUGAUAGAAGGCCAGAGUUACAGCAGGAGUUUUCAGCAUCUCUAUCAGGAUCUAGUGGGUUGUCCAUGACCAUUGCCUCCGUCACCAGACACCAUGGAGGAGGCAAACCUCUGGAUAGACUCAGUCAGCUGGAGAGGAUGGGACGAAGAAGAUUCAGUGGCAGGCCAAGGGGAAGAGGCAGUAGUAGCUAUGCAGCUGUAGGGAGGAGGAGAAGGCAAGGAGGAGGAGGUAACGUUGGCGGCAGGAGAGGUCCUAAACCCAAGAUCAAGAUUGCUGCCAUACAACCUGCAUCACCACCACCCGAAGAUGAGUUAGAAUUGAUAGAUCCCGUGGUUGUUGAGAAGCCUUCAGCAAAGGAGAAGGAUGAGGAAGAUACCUCCAUGCAUAGCACUGUGGUCCUCUUCUCCGUGGAUGACAAGUUCACUGCAACUCAGGACAUGUGUUUGAGCUGUGGCAGCUUUGGUCUUGGAUCAGAAGGGAGAUUACUAACGUGUUCUCAAUGUGGCCAGUGUUAUCACCCUUACUGUGUCAGCAUAAAGAUCACGAAGGUUGUAUUAUCCAAGGGCUGGAGAUGUCUAGACUGUACUGUGUGUGAAGGAUGUGGCAAGUCAAGCGAUGAGGCUAGGUUAUUACUGUGUGAUGAUUGUGAUAUCAGCUAUCACACCUACUGCCUAGAUCCACCAUUGCAGACUGUGCCCAAAGGUGGAUGGAAAUGCAAAUGGUGUGUCUGCUGCACUCACUGCGGGUCAGUGACGCCUGGGGAGAAUGCUGACUGGAUGAACAACUACACUCAGUGUGGACCUUGUGCCAGCAUGACACACUGUGCAUACUGCUACAGGAGCUACAGAGACAAUGAACUCCUCUGCCAAUGUUCUCACUGUCAAAGGUGGGAGCAUGCUCUUUGUAACAGUUUGUACACUGAAGAUGAAACAGAGAGAGCCAUGGACAAGGGCUUUAUCUGUACCCUAUGCAGACCCUUCCUUCCUGAACCGGAACCUCAGCUUCCAGAACCCAGUACCGAGGAACCACCUCAGAGAAUACCCAAACUAGCAAUAAAAGAACCAGAACUGCAUAAUAAAGAGUUCUCUGUAGAAGGUGUUCGUUUGACAGAGACGGGCUUCAAGCAGAUCAGUAGUAUGGCCAUGGCUCGCACGCACAAGAAAUCCAAGAAGGUCAGAUCAAGUCUCAAGAUGGGCAGCCUGGCCAUCCUUCGAAGCUUGGCUGAUCCUCACUCAGACAUCUCCAAGAUCGCUGAUCAGGAAUACGACCCAGAAGGUAUUGAAAGAGUAGAUCCAGAGAAGUGGAGGGGGUUUAGCCAUGGAGAGAAGAAUGAUAGUAGUGUAGGUGAGGGGAAGCAUCAUCAUCACCAUCAUCAUCAUCAUCAUGAUAAGAAGAAGUCGAAACACAGAUCAUCAUUACGACCAGGUAUUGGAGGUUUCAUUGCCAAGCCAAGGGGCUUUCACUCUCACAAAGAGAACCGAAUUGCAGCCAUGAGUAGAAGUAUGUCAGAAGGGGCUUCAGAUACCAUGGAUUCAAUACGGGAUCAAUCAGAGCUUCUCCAGAGAACUCAUUCAGUUGGAGAAGAAGGUCACUACGAGAAAUCAAAGAAGAGGAAAAGAGCUCACAAAAGAAGUCAGCUGGAGAACCAGUUUCCAUCAUAUCUUCAGGUAUGUGAGGCAUUCUUUGGAAAGAUGCUGCUAAACUCAAGCAAAGAUCAGCCUACCAUGAACACUAGGCUAGACAUCUCAGAUGAAGACAGCAAAAAGCAUUCAUCAUCACACCACCAGAGUAAAGGUACUGAAAUAAUCAAAGUCUCCUCCGCAGAACACAAGUCAUCGUUGAGUGCAGGCUCAUCCAGACAGACCCAUCACAACCAAGCAGAUGUACACAGAGAAUCUGCAGCAACGGUAGAUGGUGCAGCAGGAGUCCUUGGUUCUGGUGAAGAUCCUCUCAACUUCUUGCCUCAAGAUGAACUCCUGGGUAUGCUAAUAGGAGAUGGUCUCGGAAAGAAUGGUGAAAACCUGGAUAUUGAUAGCAUCGAUGCAGAAGCCACACAUUCUAGUACGACCGGGCAGAAUGGACACACAACUCAAGCCAGCUCAUCUUCAGAUCACCUCAAUGAGCUCGAUUCGUUGCUUUCAUAUAACCUACACAUUGUUCCUGAAGAUUUGGCUCACAUAGACAGUAAGGAGGUUGAAGAUCUGUUCUCAGGGGUACUUAGUCCAGAGGGUCAUCAUCACGCUGGCUCUACAAACACACCAACCUCAGGUGUUGAUGGCAAUGCAACAAACACUGCUACGCCAAGCACAGUCUCCCAGCAGCAACAUCAACACCACCAUCAUCAUCAUCAGCAACAACAACUCCAGAAGCAACCUCUACCACAUCUUCCGCUUACACAACAACUGGUACAGGCGGCCAGUGUUGGGCACUCCGUAGCAAGUCCUGCUUUCAGUCCAGACUUCGCUGAGCCGCCUAGCCCCUGGCCUGGAGGGGGCGGUGGUGGAGAGACUGAUGGUGAAACCCUGUCCUACAAUCAGCGUAACAUCAAGAAGUGGGAGAAGGAUGAACCUCUGGGUAACCAAGCUACCAUCUCACCUGUCCUCUAUGCAAAUAUCAACUACCCUGAUCUCAAGAAAGAUUUUCCAGAUUGGCCUUCAAGAGCAAAGCAGAUUGCCAAGUUAUGGAGAAAAGCAGGCUCCGGAAACAAGAAACCAUUCUUGCAACUUGCGAGGGAGAAUCGUGCCGCACAACGCAUUAAGGAAGCUCAGAAGAUUCAUCAACAGAAGCGUCAGAAGUUUGAUGGCGACUUGAUGAGUGAUGGCCAGGAUGGGUCAGGUAUCAGGCCGUCCCAGCAGCAGCAAUUGCAGCAGGGUCAGCAACCAUCUACCCCAAUCCCUCAGGCACAACGUAGCCCUAAGUCAAUGCCAGGUACACCUAUUCCAGGAACACCAAUGUCUCCUGCUACUGAAAUGCCACAUUCCAGCUUGAUGAACGCAAACAGUCAAGCCUUGUCUGGUCAUUCUGGACUUCCUGUCCACAUGCCACUGUCCAACCAGUCAUCGGGAGCCGUGAACAUGGAUUCCAUGCCACCAUCUCCUAUGGUAGCACAACCAUCUAACAUCCAUCUCCAGUCUGGAAGGAGCGGAACACCCAGCAUGAUACCAGGAAGAUCUCCUCACCAUUCAGAAGAGAUAAGUCAUGGUGUAAUGGGUGGUGUGAACACACAUCAGCAGCACUUGGCAUCCCUGAUAGCAGGACAAGGUGCUCCUCCGACAUCGUCCAGCGAUCACUUGCCUGUGUCCAACAACCAGUCCAUCAUUGAUAGGUUACAGUCUCCAGGAAUGCCUCAUGGCUCUGCAUCACAAGUGCCUCCUGGGAUAGGAAACAUGUCUCCAGCACAUGCAAUGUCGGUGGGGUCUCCAGCUCAUGUAAUGUCAGUUGGGUCUCCAGCUCAUGCAAUGCCAGUUGAUAUGCCUAUUCAUUCUCCUCAGCAGGCUCCUUUCAUGAAAAACCCAGUUUUCCCAGAUGGCGCCAGCAACCAAAGUUUGUCACCUGCAGCUUCUGCAGCCCCUGCUGACAGGGUCGGAAUGAAUGAUGGCAACAAGCAUGCACAAAAACAGUAUAUUCGGCAGUUAUUGGUGAGACAGCAGGAGAAAAAACGUAUGCGUCGGGAGCAGCAGCAAAUGCAAAAUCAGAAUUGGAGCGGAGAAUCACAUCAGCGUCCCCCACCUCCCUAUCCAGCUAAUGCUCCGUCAGAUCAAAUAUCUCCUGCUACAAAUAAUGAGCAAAUGAACUCCUUCCCUGGGACACCAGGCAUGCCAAGGCCUGAAGCACCUCCAUCAUUUGUGAAUCAAAGACCACAGGAACAGUUUAAUAUGACCCUUGAGCAGACAGAUGAAGCAUGGAGGCAAGGGCAGUUUGCUACAGGCCUUCAGCGUAGACCUAGUGAUGGUGGAAAUCGCAUCCCUGGUCCUGGACAAUUCAUUGAAUUGAGGAGAUUUGAGCAAGGAGCGAGAAUGCCAGUGUCAGGGCCAACCCUGUCACCAAGACCACGCAACAUUGCCCUACUCCAGGAGAAGCUGCAUCAAAGAGCUUUACAACAAAGAACUGCCCUGGUUGGGUCAAAUCCAUUAGAUCCCUAUGAUCAUAUGGUGAGGCAGCAAGCCCAUAGUAGGACACCUACUCCAAGACAAGUAAUGACUCAUCCGAACUUCCAUGGCAGGUCACCCAUGAUGUCUCCAAUAGUAGAUCACCCUGCCCAACAACCUCAUUUGCCAUUCCAACAGCCAACUCCUCCUUUCCAAGGUCAAAACACCAAUGCAAUUCAGAAUCACCAACCUCGAAUCCAUAAUGCAAUGCCUGCUCAGCAACCAGGAACAUUGCAGAGCGACCUUCACUUGCCACCAGGUCAAGAUCCAGCUAUGGCACCGCAGCAGGAAGACCAUGAUGCACAAUUGGAAGACUUAUUGUCAGGUGAACUAGAUCUCAUUGACUUUGCAGGAACUGACUUGGACACUAAUAAACAUUCUGCAGAAAAUCAACAACUCUUCAAAGAUUUUGGUUUGAGUGAUGAGGCUCUUGAUGAAAUGACCACAUCAAGUAACACUCCUAAAGAUUCAAACUCAUCUAAGAUUGAAAACGGCAUACCCUCUGCUGCUCCAGAGAACAAUGAAGUACAAUCUACCUCCACUGCCGGAGCUAGUUUGGAGAAGGAAAGUGAUAAGGUUCCUGAAGACAAACCUGCUGCUAAUGAGCCCAAACAGACUGACAGUUCAGGCUUACCUGCUGAUCCAAAUAAGAAGGAAGAAACCAGUAGCUCAGGAAGGAAAGAUGCACCUAAAACAGGAAGAGACAUUUCUGCUACAGUAAGCAGUAACACUUCUGAAGAAUCUUCUUCCAAAGGUUUGAUGAACCAUGAUGAUAAGUCCGCAACACAAUCUCAAGGAACAAAUAUUUCUUCUGAUAAAGGUUCAAAAGAGAAAACUGUUGUACAUACGGAUAUCACAAAUACUUCAGCAUCUGUUCCUACUGUUCCUUUGUCAACGUCAGCUUCUGUGCUGCAAACAAGUACCUCAGUUCCAGUGUCAGCCAGUCCAAGUGAGGCACUCACUACAUCCACAACUUUUUUGGGUAAAGCAACAAUCAAAAUAGAAGCAACCGAAAAUUCUCAAUCAAUUUGUCAGAGAAGUAAAGUUUUGACUGCCCAGUCUGGGCAGUUAACAACAACGAUAAUUGGUUCCCAACUCGUAGAGAAACCUCAGUCCCAUAGCCAGGGACUUCAAGACAAAGCUAGUCCAGGUACUUCAUCAGUGGAAACAAAAACAACAUUGAGCUCCUCUGUCAGUGCACCAAGAGGGGGUGUCCCAACAAUUGACCAGAUAGCUGCCAUCUUACCCGGUCCUGCAUCAAACAUUCAGUCAAACAGUACUUCUCAACUGCCAGUUGCUUCAGUUGCCUCUCAGCCUACAACCAGUGAUGGCACUCAGCUGCAGACUAGUCAAAGUUCAGGAAGCGCCCAUACUAAUAGUCUUCAGAAAAGGCAACGUCUGCUCCAUGAACAACCUCUUCUUCUUCAGGAUCUACUUGAGAAAGAGAAGAGAGAGCAACAGAAGCUGCAACAGCAAUCAGGAAAUGUGGAAGCAGCCAUCUCUGGGAAGGUAGAUCCAAAGAGCAAGACCCAAGGAUCUGAUCCAUUUCUGGAUAAUCUUGAUCUGGAAAGACUGCAGGCUGAAGCAAAGAUGAUUGCUAAAGAAACUGAAGACUUUACCAUCAAACCACCAGGACCCCAUGCUCAGCUUUUACUUGCCAUGAACCGUCAAUAUCAUGUGCAAAUGCAACAACGUCAUUUAACAGAGCAGCAACCCGGCGCUAAUGUGCCAUUGAUUCCUCCUGCUUCCCCAGGAAUACGACAACCUAGGACUCCCCAAGGUGUAGACUUUGGCAGUAUUGACUCUGUCAAGGAUCCAAUACGGAGCAACAGCACGGACCUGUUCAAGCAAGGACAGACUGUGCCUCCUCAAGGAAUGCAAGGAAUGUCACACAUGAAUGCUCAUGGACAGGAGAUGGGCCCAUUUUCCCCUGGCCACCCUCAAAUGCCUAAUUUCUCACCAGGACCAAGGUUCAGUGCUCAUGAAAACAUCCAGACACAUCCCAGUCCUGGACCAGUCUCGCCAAUGUCGCCCAUGACCCAGAAUCACUUUGGAAUGAGGCCCAGGGGUCCCAUGGUUGUACAGAAUUCUGGAAUAGUGGGACGCCCACCAAUGCCAGGAUCAGGCAUGCAUAUGCAAGGUGGACUUCCUGGUGAUCAGAUGCCAAUGCAGAUGCAUGGCAUGCAAAGGCUUCCUGGACCUGGUCAGAGAAUGGGAAUGCCAGUCAUGAACAGAAUGCCUGGCCCACCUCAGGUCUCCAACUUCAGAUUUCCGGGUAGAUUCAUGUCUCCCAACAUGCAACGCAUGCCAUCUCCAUUCUUCAAUGUAGGAAUGGAUGGCAUGUCACAUGCCAUGAUGAACUUUGAUCCAUAUGACACCACAGAGGAAAAGGCUCCAGAAGAUACCAGUACUCCUGAGUAUGAAGAAUGGAUAUUCAACAAAGACAGGAAGUUACAACUCAGGUUGAAAUUCUUUGAAAACGAAGUUGGGAAAGAGAGAAAGAAGAAGAAGGCUCUGACAUCAAGACAGCGAGCCUGCCGUAAGAAUAACAAAGUAUUUCCUGAAAGUGACAGGCUUGAACUUGAAGCUGUGCAGCAGAGACAUUCUAAGCAGCAGAAGUUCUUGGAAAAUGUUCGCAAGCAGCAGAGGCAGCAUGCCAUUCUCCUGCAAGAAUUCCGCAUGAAGCAACAACAGAAACUGUCAUCGAACCAUUCACCUCUGGGUCAUCACAACCCAAUGAUGCAAGGAAUGAUGUCACCUCAAGGAAUGAUGAUGCAAGGUCAAGGCCCGAACCCUGGCAUGCACAGUUCAAUGAUAGGCGGGCAACAACAUACCCUUAUACCUCCAGGUGGGACAUCACCUAAUAUACCCCAGCAGAUGCUUAUCAACCAAGGAAUGCAGUCUCCAUCUGGGUCAAUGAUGCAGGGGCCUCAAUCUGGAAUGAUGCCCCAAGGUCAGAUGAUGGGCCAUGUUUCACAGCAAAUUCCACAUCCAAUGCGAUCACCUAUGUCUGGGGAAAGACCUCCAUUUGCUGUUAGAUCUGGUCAGCAGUCUCCAAUGAUGCAUGGAAACCAAAUAAUGCAACCUGGAAAUGCGGGAAUGAUGGUCAUGCCUGGACAGACUAGUCCAAUGGUUUCAAAUGCAAUAAUGCAAGGCAGCAACCCAAUGAGUCAGGCUUCAAUGAUGCCAAACAACAGGCAACCAUCUCCUCUCAUGCCUGGAAGUAAUCCACAGACACCAAUGAUGCCUGGCAACAAACCUCCCACUUCGAUGAUUCCCAUUAACAGCCCACAGACCAUGGGUAUGCCAGGAGGUAAUCAAACCAACAUGUUACCUGGAGGCAUGAACAUGCCACGUGGUACAAAUCCACAGCAAAUUCCUGUCCAACCUUCACAGCAAUCACCAAUGUCACAUCCAUCCCAUCAGGUUAGCAUAGGUGCCUCUUCACAGCAGCAGUCUCCCAUGUCAGCUCAAUCACCAAUGGUUCCCCAAUCACCAAUGGUUCCCCAUUCUCCAAUGGUUCCCCAUUCUCCGAUGGUUCCCCAAUCACCCAUGGUUCCCCAUUCUCCAAUGGUUCCUCACUCUCCAAUGGUACCUCAUUCUCCAAUGGUUCCUCAUUCUCCAAUGGUACCUCAUUCUCCAAUGGUACCGCAUUCUCCGAUGGUUCCUCAGUCACCCAUGGUUCACCCAGGACAGCAGUCACCUGUUGUAUCAUCUGGGCAACAACAGUCUCCAAUGAUGGGACAUCAAAGUCAACAGAAUUCUCCUGCUGUUCAAAACAGUGAGCACUCUCCUCUUAAUGCUGGAAGUCACCAGUCGCCAGCAGUGACACCAGGUGUUCCAUCUCCCAUGGUGCCCCCAGGAGCCCAAUCCCCUAUGAUGCCCCCUGGAGGUCAGUCACCAUUGAAGCAGGCUGGUCAGCAAUCCCCCAUGGUUCUAGCUGAUCAACAGUCUCCUAUGGUUUCUCAGGGUCAAUCAUCAGGUCCAAACAGCAGCCAUCCCUCUCCAAUGAUGCCACCUCCUUCACCAAUGAUGACUCAUCCUGGACAACAGUCACCUAUAGCAUCAUCAGCAAAUCAAGGUCCUACACCUUCUGUCAGCGGUCAGAUUCAAAUGAGGCAAGCUGGAACACCAAUGCAAUCCCCUCUCCAAUCACCAAUUUCUGCCAAAACGUUACCACAGCUAUCUCCAAUUGAUAAGCGCAUGCCGAUCAACAUCGGACAAGACAACAAUCCAUUUAGCGAAACAUUCCAACAGAGGGAGAGAAUGGAGCGAUUGCGUGAACAGCACGAGAGACAAAGAUUGCAGCUUGCCCAGGAACUAGAGCAUGUUAGGGCUAUGCAGAGAUAUGAACAACAGCAGCAGCAUCAACAACAACAACAACACCAACAACUCAAUACUUCUCAUGUAUUUAAUCCAAGCAGGCUUCCUGGUCCACAUCAAGUGCAACAACAAGGUAACAUGGGUCAAUUCAGUCAGAUGCCCAAUCCAGGCAUGGUGUCACCAAUUAGCCAAGUACCUCCGGUUCACAACAGCUCUGUAGGCAUACGUCCUCCAUUUCCAUCUCCACAAGCCCCAUUGCAGUCACCUGUGCAAUCACCAUUUCCAAGGGAGCCUUUACAGCCUGGGAUGAUGUCAUCUCAAAGUUCAACCCCAACUACUGAAGGUUUCCCAAUGCCACCUAGUUACCCAGGAAUGCAGACCAAAGUGCAAAAGCCAAAGAAAAAGCGAGCAAAGAAGAAAACAAGUGAUCUUUUCAACCCAAAUCCAACUUCAGUACAUCAAAGCCCUGUUGGGGUUCUUGAUGAGAGCUCUGUUAUGGCAGCAAUAGGUCAUUCUCAAGAGAAAGGAGGAAUGGUAAUGAGUGUACAGAAUAUCCUCCAGCUUACUUCACCUGGAAGUGCAACACAUCAGGCUUUGCAGUCUAUUAUGGCUAAUGAUCCAACUGCAAGUGUAGACCUUGCCAAACUACAGCAGAGCCAGGCCAUGUUAAUGAUUGGAGACAUCAAUGCCAAAGCUGCCAAAGAUGGAAUUUUGAAGAACAAUCAUAAUCAACUUCUGAAGCAACUUCUGCAAGGACCUUCAAUUUGUGCAUCGGGGAUCGUGAAAUCAGUCCCCAACAAGACACCUGUACAGAAUCAAUUGAUAAAGGUCACAGGAGAAACUAGCAAUGCAGAAAGUAUUCAAACACAGCAGCAUUAUGAUUCAUCAGUGGAUAUGCAUGAUGAAGAAGGUCCUAUCAGACUCACAUCAGAACAACAGAAGCAACUGGAAAUAAUUGAACAACUACCAUAUGUCAAGAAGGAUGGGAAGCCUGCUGAAAAUGACCUUCAAAUUCUACUUGAAAUUCACAGACAAGGGAAGAUUGACUAUCCCCCUCCACAAGAGCCCAAAGAAAAGGUGCCAGCACCCCCUGUAAUUCCAGCAUCGCCUCAACCAACAGUCAAACAGCACAAGCACAAGGAAAAGAAAAAGCACAAAGAGAAAAAAUCAAAGAAAAAUAAGGAAAGUAGGUUUUCAUCCGUGGAAGAACUGAUGGCUGCUCUGAAGCAGAUGCCAAUGCUGCAGUUGACUGAACCUGAGGUUGGUGUCAACUUCUCCCUCUGUCCUCUGUUUGGGAGUGGAACGACUAAUGGAGGAACCCGGCUACGAGGGGCCUUUGGACAUGCUAUCUUGGAUGGGGUGCCAGACUUCUAUGAUCAUCUGCUAACAGGCUCUACCUCAGACACCAAACUCAAACUACCCCUUGGAGUUGUGAAUGGACCCUCUUCACUCAAAGAAAUUGGAUCUAAAGCACAAGCCAAUACCACCACCACCACCACCACCACCUCCACCAUCACCAACACAGUUCAAAGUUCAGAGGUCACUGUCCUGACAGGUGACGAGGUCAUGCGAGAGAUGCAGUCACACCAGCGCACAAUAACUCGCACCAUGAAUCAUGCAUACAGCGGGGGAGGGGGACUCGCCCACCUAGUCGCCCCAUCACCCUCUCUCUCACAAGUAGUAGCCGAUAUAGUGAUCUCCUCAUCACCUGAAUGCGAAGAGAAUGAGGCCCAGGAGCCAAGCAAGAUGAAAGGACUACGUCUGUUCACCCAGGAUGUGGAUCAGGUCUUGGCAGCUCAGAAGCGGUCAGGAUCACCCACCAUUCCAAUCAUAAAACCAACUCCAAGGAAGGCUGAAGCGGGGUCUUUGGGAAAUGCCAACACUGUCCAGGUGACCUUGAAGCUGAUGCCGGAAGUAAUGCACAACGUGGAGGGGGUUCUCUCUGCAUUCUCCAAGCUCCUAGGGAUCAAAGAACCAUCAAACUUUGAAGUCAUCGACGAAGCUGGGCAGAAAGAACGGAGAGGGAAGUGGGCCCAGAGCACAAGCCCUGUUGCAGAUGUGGCAUUGAAAAUAUCCCCAGAGAAAAUUUCAGCGUCACCUACUUCACUUACAACUUCAGUCAAGCCUACCAAGAUUACCUCUAAGUCAUCUGUGCUGGCUGGGUCAUUAGACGACCCUAAACUGCACUUCUGCAGACACUGCGAUGUCCUUGUUGUAGGAGAGGGUGUCCGUAAAUCUGCAACACCCACUGACAAGAACGUGGUCUUCUGCAGUGGUGCAUGCUACCUCCAGCACACCAUCUCGUUACGGUCACAGGUGGCACGCACCGAAGUCAAUGCAGGACGAGUGGUCAAUCACAGGAGCUCUGAUCCUCAGUCUGUUCAGCUGGAUGUCCUGUCACCCAAAGCCAGCACCUCCCUGCCAACAUCACCCUGCACCGUGCCAAAGACACCACCUCAGUCCAAGUCAACGCCCAUCUCUCCUCGCUCCCUACCUGCUCAGCCUGUUGUCUCCUCGCCCAUGGCUGCACAGCCAGCACACACCUCUGCAGAGGGAACCACCGCUACUCCAUCAUCUAAUCAAGAGGUCUCACCAGCCAAGGAAGAGAAGAUGGUGACUGAUGCAGAUGAGAUGAAGGUCAUCAUCAGUGAGUCAAAGACAGGUGAAAGUGGCAGGGAGGAAUUGAGACUGACACUGAAGACUGGAACAAGGAGAAGACCUGCACUUGGAGAUGAAUUGCCUUUGGUGAAGAAAUGGAAGAACAUCAAAUGGCGCCGCUGGCAUGGUUCAUUCUCUGGUGGCAAGAAAUACAGACCACCUAGUGAUCAGGAUAUCGGCCAGUUGAUCAAGAAGUUGGGAACAUCAAUGAGAACAAGUGAAACUCUGCGUGAUGCCAGGUGCUGUGUGCUCUGUAACGGAUUCGGAGACGGAGACACAAAUGGCUCGGCAAGGUUGCUGAACCUGAACGUAGACACGUGGGUUCAUCUGAACUGUGCUCUGUGGUCUGAUGAGGUGUAUGAGACCCUCAAUGGCUCCCUCAUGAACGUGGAGUCUGCUCUCAAGCGAGGGCGCACCUGUACCUGCUGCUACUGCAGCAAGCUCGGUGCCACCAUCUCCUGCAAUAAACAACGUUGCUGCAAUGUCUACCACUUCUCCUGCGCCAUGCAGGACCACUGUAUGUUCUUCAAGGAUAAGACAAUGAUGUGCCCACUUCAUGCCCCAUCCAAACCUACGGAGAGCACCUUGCAGUCUCAUGUGGUCUUCAGAAGAGUCUACAUUAGCAGAGAUGAACAUAAACAAGUUGCAAACAUCAUGACGAUGGCAGACCGCAAGUACACAGUGCGUGUGGGUAGUCUGAUCUUCAAGUCACUAGGGCAGCUUCUACCUCAUCAGAUGCACCUGUUCCAUUCACUCACUUCCAUCUAUCCUGUUGGUUACGAAUCCAUCCGCCUGUACUGGAGCAUGCGCUACACCAACAAGCGAUGCAGUUACUCCUGCACCAUCCAGGACCAGGGUGGGAGGCCUGAGUUCAGCAUCCGCAUCAUGGAACAGGGGCAUGAAGACAUCAUCUUCAGGGCCGACACUCCAAGGAAUGUAUGGUACAAGGUCCUUGAGCCCAUUGCUAAACUGAGACGAGAUGCAGACAUGCUCAAAGUCUUCCCAACCUUCUUGACUGGUGAAGACCUCUUUGGCUUGACCGAGGCAGCUAUCCAGAGGAUUACUGAAUCGCUGCCUGGAGUAGACCUGAUUCAGCACUACACCUUCCGGUUUGGCCGUUCACCUCUGAUUGAUCUACCCCUGGCUGUCAAUCCUACUGGGUGUGCCAGGGCAGAACCAAGGAGACAGACCCAUCUCAAGAGACCGCAUACAUUGACAAGCAACAAGACAUCCCGAGGCUUCCACACCACCCUAGCCGGUGAGGUAGCAUCUCCUUACAACAAGCAGUUUGUACACUCCAAGUCAUCACAGUACAAGAGGUUGAAGACUGAGUGGAAGACCAAUGUCUACCUCGCAAGGUCACAGAUCCAGGGCUUGGGGUUGUAUGCUGCUCAUGACAUCGAGAAGCACACCAUGGUCAUUGAGUACAUCGGCACCCUCAUCCGCAAUGAGGUCGCCAACAAGUGGGAACGCGACUACGAAGCUGCGAACCGCGGCGUCUACAUGUUCCGCAUUGAUGACUACACCGUAGUGGACGCCACAAGGAGUGGCAACCCUGCCCGCUACAUCAACCACUCCUGCAACCCCAACUGUGUGGCAGAGGUGGUGAACUUUGACAAAGACCAGAAGAAGAUCAUCAUCAUCUCUAGCAGGAGACUGCUGAAGGGUGAAGAGCUUACCUAUGACUACAAGUUUGAGAUUGAGAAUGACCAGAACAAGAUCCCCUGUCUCUGUAAGGCACCCAACUGCCGCAAAUGGAUGAAUUGAACUGACACACCAUAGAACACACACCAAGGACACACCCAUCUACUGAUGCUCUGCUGAAAAAACUGAGAGGAGUCCCAGCUUUGAGCCCAGCUGAGCAUCGAGGAGUCACUCAGAUCCUGACACAAGAUAAGAUACGAUGUGAGAGCAAGAAACAUUGUAUCCAUUCAGUUAAACAGUAAUGCUAAGUAAAGUCACAUGAGGUGCUUGAUAUCUGUAUGAUACCUCAUCAGUUGGACAUGCAUAUUUAAGCAAAAAUUCAUCAUGGUGUGACAAACGGUUAAAUAAGUUACAACCUCAAAGUAAUCAAGACUUCAAACAUGAAUCAUGGGCAUAUAAUAUUACAUGAAAUAGCAUCUAAAGUAGUACCACAAUUGCUCUAUUUCGCCUGAAGAUGUUAAGACAAUAAUCAUGCAACUCAAUAACUGUAAAUGACUUCCAAGCAUAUUCGAUUUAUUUUUGAAAUCACUAGAAAUGAUCAUGGUAAUUAAAUCUGAACUAAAGCAGUGAAUUUGAUCAUGAAUAUGUGAUCAAAGGUUCUCUCGUACAGAACAGUUUCGAUACUCAACUGAUUCUUAUUUCGAUUUUGGAAAUGCUCAAAUUAAAGACUGAAAAUGACAAUGAAUAAUGCAGCAAACAAAUCCAAAAUAGUAAUCUAAAUGCUUAACCACUGUGAAAUUAAAUUAUGAAGGAUAUCACACAAUUUUAAAUAUUCAAGUAUGAGACAUUUUCUUUAAAAGUUGUAACUGUGUCACACUUCUUGGGGCUUGACAAACAGUAUUUGAUGAUUGCAUCAGGAUAGUGAUUGUAGAAUAUAUACCGGUAGGUUUAAUAACAUACACAAAUUGUGUUCUCCACAAAAUGAGGGCCAAAAGGGGCAUGCCAUCAGUUGGAUUCAUACACCAUUGGAUUAUGUUUUAUGGAGAAAUAAUAGGUACAUUGUUGGCUCACUAAUAAUAAAAAUACAUUCUCUCAUUUUGCGAUAAGUUUUGGGACGUAGAUACACUAACCUAAUGCCUUUGGAGAAACAAUGUAAUCAUGUUCAAAUAUCCUCCCCUAAAUCAACCGGGUGUCCCAUACCUAAAAUCAAUGAGAUGCUUCCAUGCAUACUAUGACAAAUGUAUAUUGCUUGAUGUGACAAAUGAAUUAUAUCUAAUGACUUGACUGACAUUUGAAAACCUAUAUAAAUAUGUCAUAGGCCGCAGUUUGCAGUGCUUGAGUUCAUUCAUAGAAGGGUGUUUAUAUAGUUGCUUACUAAUAUGCAUCAAUCAAGAUUUCUGCUGCGUUUUUAUACGCAACAAUAUUAUUACAUGAAAUAUUCUGAAUUUAUUUUUUAUCAUUUACCAGUUUGGGAUUAAAUACUAGUAUAAUACAGCCAUUUGAAUUGAAUAGUUAUUUGCUUGCAUUCUUGUUUGUGGUAUAUUUGAAUUUGACAUUCUAUUGCCCUAAUCUUGGUUUUAAUUGGUGGUUUUCAAAACACUUUGUCGUAUAUGAAAUGAAGUAUUUGAAGUUUUGUAAAUCAGGAGACAGAGGAGAGAAAAUUGCAAAACUGUUUCAAGAUUAAAUGAGAGUCAUUCAUUCCUAUGUUGUGUAUACUGUACAAAAUGUCUUAUUUUCUUCAAUGUAAAUAUGUAAAAACUCUUGUAGUAUGUUGCAUGUGUGAACAUUACUAUUUCCUUUUUUGUAGUUUUAAAUGAAACUAUUUUGAAUAUAAUUUGGAGAGAGACCAUAAUGAAAUAUCUAUUGUAUAAUACCAUGAACUUCUGUAUUGCAUAUGUUUGUAAAUAAUUUAAAAAUCUGUAAAUAUUAUCAUUCUCUUGUUUUCUUGUGCAUGGCAGAGUUACUAAGAUGAAUUGUACAUAGAUACAGUGGUCAACAAAUUUGUAUAGUUUGUUAUAAUCUGUGUGUAUUUGCUACUUAUGCACAGCCUGAAAUGGUCUUUUUUCCUUCCUCUUAUUAAUAAAUUUUAUAUUAGGUACCUCAUCAUUGUGUAACAUUUUUUAAUUGAAAAUUAUCAUGUUCAUACAAUGAAAAGAAAUGACUUUGUAGGCCCUUCUUCUUGUGUAGUGUUUUGUGUGUAUAUAUUCAUGAAAUCUUUUGCUAUGCCAGUAUUAUUUUGUUUUCUAUUAUCUUCUCUCUAUCUCUCUGUUGUGUAUUAGACAAAUAAUGGGAAGAGUUGAGAAGGACAGCAGUGGCAUAUGUUUUUGUUGUCUUUAUUUGCAGUAAUAUUGGACUCUGAUGAAUAGUAUGGUGCUUUAUGGGUAAUUAAGAGAAACAUAAUUUGUGUUUGCCAACAUAACAUUUUAUAGAAAUACUGUGGAUUCUGAUUAUCAGGCUGUGUUGUAUAUUAAGAUUUUAUGAUCACUGGGAAGUAAAGAAGAAUUGUGCUGCAAUUUGAAGGAAGAAAAAAAAAGGAGAAGUAAAUAACUAAAAAGAAAGAAUAGAGAGAAUUGCAAAGAAAUAUUUAUCACAAAUUAUUUUGGUCAAUGUAAAGGUUUGCUGGUGUGUAUAGUAACUAAGAUGUAGAGAGCAUUAGUGUUCAUAUACACUAAUUUUGUUAUUCUUUUACUUUAUUUGCAAUAUGCUUAAACAAAUUGUGAACUAGUUUAGCAUUUAACGAUUAUGUGACACGUGUGAUUAGAAAGGAGUUAUUGUUAGGGCAAUCUUUUUAUUAGGUAAAAACAACUAACUUGACCAAUACAAGUUGAAUUAUGGGAUUGACACAAGUGAAUUAGACGAUACUGGAGAUUUUGAAAUAUGUGAUUAAAAUCUAUGUAACUUUGUGUAAUCAUCUGAAAUCAUGAUCACUUUCUGAUCAAGUACAAAGUUGAUAUAUAUAUAUAUACUGAACUGUUCCAAAUCAUGACGUAUUGUAUAUUAAGGGGGAAAAGAGUAGCUAAUUUCUUUAUGCGUUUCCGCGAGAUUUGCGUUGGAAACAUUAGGAGAGUCUGCAUAUUUUCAAAUGUCAUUUAGUAUGUUUGCUCUGCAUCAUACAAGUGUAUUGUAUUCUCAAAGGUAACCAAGUGUUUCCAUCUUUAACAAAAUUAUAUUUUAUCACGAUGUAAUUUCAGAGGUUGUAGAAAUGAUGUGUGUUGACUUGAUAUUUUCCUUUUGACAAUACAAGUAUAUAUAUAUUUGAAGUAUGAGAAAGAGAGAGAAAAAUGUUUAAUAUAUCGAGAGAAAAAAAAGAAAAAAAGUUUUGCCUGUAAAUUGUGAAUAUAAUUACAGCAGCUUUAUAAUAUUUUUACCACAUUCUUUAACCCUCUCCCCCGGUUACCUUUCUUGUAUAUGACUACUAGGUAUGCAAAUAAGAAAUUUUCCAUAGUCUAUUUUGAAAUUGUUUGAAAUAUUUGUAGGUCCCUCUGUUGUGUGUAUAUGUGUUCAUAGUGUUCUCUCUAGUAAUGUGUCCAAUCCACAAACCUAUUAUUUCUAGAAUUGUGUUUUUAAUAAAGUCAUAUAUUUUACUCCCACUUUUUCAGUAGAGGUAUUUUGUAAACAUUUGGAAAUUUAAAAAAAGAAGGUACUACUGGUUGUUCCUAUAGUGAUCCUAAGUAAAAUCUGCACUUCACUCCAUAUCGUUUCGAUGGCACUCAGUUAUUGUCUUGUAAAUAAUCUUUGAAUUAAGUUUUGUGGGCCUGGUUUCUGUCAUCUCUUUAUUCCCCCCCAUGUGAUUUUUUUUUUCAUGGUAAAAAUGCAUGUGGUGUAGUGGAGUGUGUUGUUAUUGUAUAUGUACUUUUUUUUGUUUUUGUCAGCAAACGUAUUUGCCAAUAAAGUAUCAAACCUUUCAGAGAAAUAGUAAUGAA